UUUUUUUUUUUCCACCUAACACCCGAGCGAGCCCAAACCAAAACAAAUAGAGACCGAGGGGAAAAAAAAAAAAAAAGAAACCCAGAAACCAACCCCAAAAGAAAAAAAAAAAAAGGAAAAACCAACAAAAAAACCACCACCCAACCCCGAGAGCGAGCGAAGCAACGAGCCAGGGCUGAGGCGAGCGGGUGGGCUCGGGGUGCCGAGCAAGAGCCGAGCCCCCCCGAAAUCCCCCUGCACCCCGACUAUGCUAAAUGUUACCGGGGAUCUCUCAGGUGACUCUUGGGGGAUCUUCACCUUCCUGUGCGCCGCGCUUUGCAACCUGCCGGCGCUGCCGGCACUGAACUGCUCCGAGGAGCUGGGCGCCGGCCAGUCCAUCCAGCAGACCUACGACCUGACCCGCUACCUGGAGCACCAGCUCCGCACCCUCGCCGGCACCUACCUGAACUACCUGGGGCCCCCCUUCAAUGAGCCCGACUUCAACCCCCCGCGCCUGGCGCGCGCCCAGCGGGUGCCCAGCGCCACGGUGGACCUGGACCUGUGGAGGGGGCUGACGGACAACGCCCGCCUGGCCGCCAACUACCGCGCCUACAGCCGCCUGCUGUGCUACCUGCGCGUGCUGGACGGGCAGGUGGGCACGGCCGAGCUGCGCCACCGCCUCGCCCACUUCUGCGCCAGCCUCCAGGGGCUGGUGCUCAGCAUCGGCGGCGUCAUGUCCUCCCUGGGGUACCCGCUGCCCGCCGGCCCCGCUGGGCCCCCCGCCGGGCCCCCCGGGGCCCCCCCGGCCCCCAACGACUUCCUGAAGAAGAUGGACGACUUCUGGCUGCUCAAGGAGCUGCAGACCUGGCUCUGGCGCUCGGCCAAGGACUUCAACCGCCUCAAGAAGAAGGUGCCGCCCGCCGUGGUCACCCUGCGGCUGGAGGCCAGGGGGUUCUGAGCGCCCCGCCCGUGCCCCCGCCUGAGGUGGGACCUGGACGGGGCUCCUCACCCAGGUGCCCUCUCCACCACCAGUGUGCCUUGAGCAGCGGGGCUCCUGACCCCAAAGUGCCACCGAAGCCACCCCACAGCCCCUCUGUCACCACGAUGUGCUGUAAGGGAUGAGUCUCCUGACCCCAAGUGCCACCAAAGCCACCCCACGUUCCCUUUCCACCACCAGUGUGCCUUGAGAAAUGGGGCUUUUGACACCAAAGUGCCACCAAACCCACCCCACAUCCGCUCUGUCACCACACUGUGUCUAAAGGGCAGGUUCUCCUGAUCCCAAAGUGUCACCGAAGCCACCCCACAGCCCCUCCCUCAUCAUACUGCGUCUUAAAGGGGCAGGGCUCCUUACCCCAAGUGCCACCACAGCCGUGCCACGUCCCCUCUCCACCACCAGUGUGCCUUGAGAGAUCCCAAAGAGCCACCUCACAGCCCCUCUGUCACCACACUGUGCCUUAAGGGACGGGUCCCCUGACCCCCAAGUGCCCCCCCAGGGUGUCCCCACCCCUCCGGGAUGCCCCAUCCCUCCACCCCAAGAGACCCACGUGGGUACAAGCCCCGCCCACCUCGAAAAGGACCAAGCCCCUCUGAGCAUAGGAAUAAGCCCCGCCCCAUCCAGCAGCAAGCCCCGCCCCUGGAGCAAUAGGCUCCACCCCUGGAUGGCAAUAAGCCCCGCCCACUAGUCUGUGUAGCCAACCCCGCCUCCUCCCCGCAACAGGCCACGCCCCAUUUUAACCAAGCCCCGCCUCCCAGUGCCCAUCAAUGCAGAGCUGGGGGCGUGGCCUGGAUCCGGGGGCGGGGCCGCUGUCCUGGUGCGUCUAUGAGUGUUUAUUUAUUGGAGAUGUUUUAUUUAUUGGGGUAUUUAUUGCAGAAGAUCUAUUCUUGUAUGAACGAAUAAAAGCCUUUCUCCAGCG